AUGAGUCUCAAGCCCCUCGAGGAUAUGGUCACCUGUCCGAUCGACUUCAAUUUCCUUGAGGACCCACGACUACUGCCGUGUGGACAUGUCUUCUGCUGCCAAUGCCUCAACGGUUACCUUAAGCAGCUGGUUCCACAGCAGAACUCCACGGCCAACAGGCAGGGUGACCGCCCAAAGGCACCCUUCCUGCCCUGCCCUAUUUGUCGUAUGCAGUGUCCGAUUCCUCAGGAC